CGCUUUUUUGAGUUUAGACAACGUCCGGACGCAUUUACCCUACAUUUCUGAACGCACCCCUCAGGGCAGCGCCGGCAGCGCGGCAGCGUCUCAAACAAAAUCAACAACUGUCAAUACUGUCAUCAACGGUCAACUUUUUGAAUAUAAGAAAAUAAAAAGUUUGAACAAGUGAUCAACGAUCCUCUGGUCCUCUAGUUCUUCAGAAAAAACUCCAUCACUUUUGUUAUAAAACUGUUUUUGAGAUAACAUGGAUAGACGUCUGGAAAUAUGUGAUUGGUUUCGAAAAAUGGGGUAUGAUGGAGAUUUUCCAGAAAACCUGGAUAGGAUUUGUAACAAUUCAACAUCUUUUAUAUGGGAUCAGUUGAUCGAAAAUACAAAACCUAAAGCAGAAGCAGAAAAUAUAAAGCAUAAUAUUCUUGCUACACGCCUAACAAAGUUUAAUUUAAAAAAAGAUGGAGAAAUUAAAUAUCCAUUAAAAGAGAUAAAAUUAUAUUCAAGAAAAAAAGAUUUAGAAAAGGAAUUGGAAAAUAUAAAUUACUCGAUAUCAGAAAAACAAAAAACAUAUUUGAAAUUACAACAGGAAAAUAGAAUUAAACGUUUUUCUAUAGAAAAAACACAAUUGAAAAUAAAAGAAAAUGAGGAACGAGAAUUUAUUUUAAAAGAGAAAUGCAAGAUACUAGAAAGUGAUACCAAAUGUGCUGGUCACAUUAUUGAGUCGAAAAUAAAUACUACAGCAAGUGAGCAAGAAAAUAUUAAAGAUAUUACGCAUACUUUAAACGAUUGCAUGGAAACAUUAAAAACAAACAUUAAACAUUUGCCUUUUCCAAUAAGAAAUACUCAAAAUAAAACUAUCAAUCGCUUACUACUUUCAACACAAAAAACGGGGAGAAAAAGGAACAUGUUUGAAAAAUAUUUAAGUUCAACAGAGAGUCAAACAACAAGAAAACCCUCAGCUAAAAAGAACAUCCAUUUGUAUUCGGCAGCGAAUAGAGUAAAGGUGCGUCUCUUUUCUGAUGAAAAUGAUUCAAUCAAUCCAAAUACACCAAAGAUUAAUUUAUAUAACAGCAGAGAUUCUAUCGAAUUGGGUAUUAAAUUUGAUGAUGAAGAUGAUGAAAAUUUUUUGGUUAACGUCAGUAAGGCUCGACCUUUAAAUUAUAAACUGGAUUUACCACAAACCUUAGCAAAAAAGAGAAUGGACAGUAGCUAUUUAUUUAAAAUAAAUGAAAAUGUUUCCAUUUACCAAGAAACAAACGAGUCUAUGAUUAAAAAUUUAUUCAAUGAAUCUGUAUCUAAUGAUAUUGAGAAUUUGCUAUGCCAUCAUAUAAGACAAAACGUAUGGAAUGCAUUUCAAGAACGAGACGAUAAGCUUCAUUUUAACAUUUCGAAAAAGAUCAAUUUUUGGCCUCUCAAGUCUUUUAGUACACAGAAAGAAGGAAGUAAAGACAUCGCAAAACUUCAAGCGAUACAUAUUCAAACGGAGUUUAGAAUAAUAAAGAAUAAUUUAAUAUUGAAACAACUAACCGAGAAGUUAAAUGAAAAGAAGAAAAACAUUCAUAUGACUUUGAUCAAUUCAGGUUACCCCAAGGAUAUCAUUGAUGUACUACAAAGAAAGAUCUUAUUUUAUAUUGAGGAUGUUGGAAUGGAUUUUACCAUUGAAUCGAUGAAAAAAGAAAUAAUUACCCAAAAUACUGAAGAAGUUACUACUGAAUCAGAUAUUAAGAAAAAAUUAAUUGAAGCUAAGGAAAAUAUUUCUUUAAAAAAGAACUCAAUAAUAGAGUAUUUAGGAAUGAUACAAGAUAUAUUUUAUUUCAUAAACCAUACUCGUAGUUUAACAUCAUCUUGUGUCAGGAAAUUAGCUCCAUAUACUUCAAAUUUGGAAUGGUGUUCGUUGCUGAAAGAAACUGUUAAUACAAACGAAAUUGCAGUAUUUGAGGAGUUUCCUUUAGAGUAUAAUAGGAGAUGCAUUAAUACAGAUUCCUCAGUUUAUUAUAAAGAUAUACAUUCAGACAAGUUUUUAUGUAACAGGGAAAUAGAUAAUGAAAAUUUAAUUUUAUUAAGCAAGAUAUUAGAAAGUCCAUUUUCUGCACCAGAAACAAUUCUUUUGGAUAUUUUACGUGGAAAGCGCAGAUUAGAAGUUCUUAAAUCCAUAAAAUGCAUAGAAAACAAUUAUUAUAAAAAAUAUUCUCUGGCGGACCUGCAAACGCAAGAAACAUAUAUUGAAAACAUUUUAGAUCGAUUUAAAGCAUUGAUUGUAUCGUCGUCAUCGAAGAAAACGUUAUCAUCCUCAAGUGCAGCAAAGGAAAUUAUGGAAAUAUGGACUGAAAUGCCUUUCAAGGAGUUUAUUUCUCCUAAUAGAACAUUAGACGAUAAAGAUUAUAAACAUUAUGAAAAAUUAUUUGAUUUCUAUGAUAAUUUCUAACUCAGAUUUUCAAUAAAGCAUUCUUAUUUCGUUU